AUGCCAUCCUGAAUGGAAUCAAAAAUUGAUAAUUGAACGAAAGUAUCCGUCAUUGAUGACGUCGAGGCCUGAUAUUCGCGGCAAUGGCAUUCCAAAUAUCGUUCCACAAUCCACGACAUUUUCUCCAAAUUCAAUUAAUCAUCUGUGCAAUGUUAAUAAUAAUGCGUCUACUACAUCAUCGUGUACUACUAUGUCAUCAACCACUACCACAUCUGUUAUACUGGCGGGAAACAAUAGUAUUCAAAUUUCUUCUUCCAACAACAUUUCCAAUUCACCUAAUGCUAUUGUUACUGCGUUGACCGCUACAUCAUCAUCAUCUGUCCCUGCCUCAUCUGUUACAACGGCGGGAAAUAAUAUUCAAAUAUUUUCGGAUAACACUCAAAAUUCGACCAGUGACAAUAAUACUGCGGUUACCGAUACAUCAUCAACAUCUACCAUUGCCUCAUCUGUAAUGAUGACGGUGAAUAAUGAUAAUUUCGAUCAAGCAAAUGAUGGUAAUAGUCCAACGACUGAUAUUUCUCAAUCUUCAGAAUCAAAAAUGACGGUUUAUUCGAUUCCACAUGUAACGAUUUCGUAAAGUCUCUUCUUAAUGUUGCAUCCGAUUUAAAAGGCCCGAAACAUCCGGCGCAAAGAUAUUAUCAAUAUAGGAAAAAUGGUUUACCAUCAACUAGACAAGCUGG